AGCGGCCUCCCGCCGGACGACGUCAUCCGGACCGGCGCGGACAACCCGGCCACCCUACAUCAUGACCGUGGGCUGCGUGGCAGGCGACGGGGAGUCCUAUGACGUGUGCCAGGAGCUCCUUGACCCCAUCCUCGAGGACCGGCCCGGCGGCUACAAGCCCAGCGACGAGCACAAGACCGACCUCAACCCCGACAACCUGCAGGGCGGCGACGACCCGGACCCGGACCCGGACCCCAACUAUGUGCUGAGCUCGCGGGUGCGCACGGGUCGCAGCAUCCGCGGCUUCUGCCUCCCCCCGCACUGCGGCCGCGGGGAGCGCCGUGCCCUCGAGCAGCUCGUGGAAGCUCUGUCGAGCCUGGACGGCGACCCGGCCCGGUACCACGCGCUCAAGAGCAUGACCGAGGCGGAGCAGCAGCAGCUCAUCCACCACCACUUCCUCUUCGAUAAGCCCCUGUCGCCCCUGCUCCUGGCCUCGGGCAUGGCCCGCGACUGGCCCGACGCCCGAGGCAUCUGGCGCGAUGACAAUAAGACCUUCCUGGUGUGGAUCAACGAGGAAGACCACCUGCGGGUUAUCUCCAUUCAGAUAGGGGGCAACACGAAGGAGGUGUUCACUCGGUUCUGCAACGGCCUCACCCAGAUUGAAACACUUUUGAAGUCAAAGAAUUACCAAUUCAUGUGGAACCCUCACCUGGGCUACGUCCUCACCUGCCCAUCCAACCUGGGCACAGGCCUGCGGGCAGGUGUGCACAUCGAGCUGCCCCACCUGGGCAAGCAUGAGAAGUUCCCGGAGGUGCUCAAACCGCUGCGGCUUCAGAAACUAGGCACAGGUGGUGUGGACACAGCUGCUGUGGGUGGCAUCUUUGAUGUCUCCAACGCAGAUUGCCUGGGCUUCUCAGAGGUGGAGCUGGUACAGAUGGUGGUGGAUGGCGUGAAGCUGCUCAUCGAGAUGGAGCAGCGGCCGGAGCAGGGCCAGGCCAUCGAUGACCUCGUGCCUGCCCAGAAGUGAGGCCCCAGCCCACAUCUGCCACCACCACCAGCCCCGCUGCUUCCUAACUUAUUGCCCAGGCAGUGCCCUCCAUGCACCCCUCUGAUGUUCGCCACUUGGCGGCUGAGCCUGUAGCCUCGCUGUAGAGACUUCUGUCGCCCUUGUUAGAGUUUAUUUGUGAUGGCUAAGAUGUUGCUGAUGCUGAAAUAGGGUUUCGGCCUGCAAAAAAAAAAAAGGAAGGCGCAGUGGCCCAGGGGCAGUCUCCCUAAGGGGACGCGCUCUCCUGUUUCCAAAGGUCGAAGGUCGAAGGUCGGCAAGGCCCCAAGGGCUAGGCUGGAGGCUCCACGGGACUUCCGUUGUCCUGUGGUCCCAGAGGCCACGCCCUGUGCCCUGCUCGAGGACAGGAGGAGGACAGGAGGCGCCCGAGCUGCCUGCCCCAGCCGCCCUGGGCCGGGCCGGUGGGGGUUGGGGGGGGGUGUGGGGGUGACUCUGCCCGGAGGGCCACGCAUCUGGACUUCUCCUCUACAAGACCAUGGCUCCGCUGUGAGGCCUCCUGCUGCUGAGAACACUCCUGCCUCCGCUCACUGGGCUGGUCUCAGGAGGAACAAAUGGGACUUAAUCAGUGCCCAACACCCAUGACAUCUCCUGGGAGGCAAGACAGUAGCAGGCCGCGCUCGGUGCAAUGGGCUCUUGUGGUUCACACUGAGCAUUCAUUCUACAGAGCACGUCCCCCGGGAUGGCUUGAUCCUCACAGUCGUCCUGGGAGGAAGACACUGUCCCCGCUCUCCUUUUACUAAUGAAGAAAUGGAUGAGAUCCCAAGAUGUGAUGUUGUUACUGUCAUGGACUUGAACCCGGGCACCCAGGGCACGGAGCCACCGCCAUGGAGCACCUGCAGUCUCACCUGCACACUCCCUUACUUGGACUCCUGCUCCUAGGAAGGCUACGUACGGAUUUGCACUCAGGCUCUGGAAAGCAGCAACAGCAUGUCCGUCCCAGGGGCAAGCACUGGCAGGUGGCUGUCCCAGGAGAGGCAAGGGGGACACAUGUCCAGGUGUUGUUGAGACCGAGAAAGCGAAGGAGGACUCCAGGAGAUAAAACGUUUUUUAUUCCGCAUCUUCUCCUGCUUAGUGCUUCUAGGACCCAUGCCCCCACCCACUCUACAUAGGCCUUGUAGGCUCUACACGCAAAGAUCUUAUGUCCUCCUUGUGAGGUCAAGGAAGUAAAGACUUCUCUAGAGCAGAGAACACCUAAGAAAGGAACAGGUGAGAAAUGACCGGGAUAAAGCCAUGACGGGCGGACUCCAGACUGCCUGCGCCAGAUGUCUCGAUGCCAAGGCCCCCGGGCCCCAAGGAACAGCACCUGGGGCCUCGCCUUGGUCUAACCAGGUCCUGGAUGCCUCAGGGGUCAUGUACACCAGACUACUGCCCUCAGUAAGACCCCCGGAUCCCAAGCGAAAAUGAGACUCGUAUUCUUUCCUCCCUGUGUCUCCUGGACACUCUGUCUGUACCCCCCACCCUGUCCGUACACAUGGGCAAUAAACCCCACCUUCACCUCC